CAGCAGAGGGAGGGGGGGAGAAGGCAGGGGAAAGGAAGCAGCGGAGUCCUCCAGCUGAUCUUCAACUUGCAAGUGUUUCUGUAAUAGCCAUCAAUGAAAGCAUUUCCUUAUACCCACGCAGAGACAGGUAAAAGACAGCUGAGUAAAUCAGCAUUAGGUGAAACAGGAAGCUGGGAAGGAGGGCGUGAGAGGGAGGGCAGACAGGGUGGACGUUGGAAAGCCUGCCAUUGGUGAGCUUACGGAGGCAUCUGCCAGUGGGACUUCAGUGGAAUGUGAAACCAAGUCAUUUUCAAGUUAAAGAUAGACACAGUGGACACAGAGGAUCCAGAGCCGGGUUUCAAGCUCCCAUCUCUCCCUAGAUUUUAGUGUUCUCGGCAGUAAAUAACAAUUGAGCAAAAGUUUAUUCUCUCAGUAUGCUCUGAGUCUACUGGAAUUCAAAGGGCUUAAGAGAUCAUGUGGUGCAUCCUCUAGGAUAAAUAGGACUUACCAGUCCCUGAAUGAAGCACUUGGGAAGUCUUCAAAUGCCAUAAUCAACUGCCAUUUCUAAGAAAAGAAAAUAGAUGGUUCUGGUGAGUUCAUGCUGCUGCUUCACUGAAUUUUAGAAUGAUUGAAGAUAGUGGGAAAAGAGGAAAUACCAUGGCAGAAAGAAGACAACUGUUUGCAGAGAUGAGGGCUCAAGAUCUGGAUCGCAUCCGGCUCUCCACCUACAGAACAGCAUGUAAGCUGAGAUUUGUGCAGAAGAAAUGCAAUUUACACCUGGUGGACAUUUGGAACAUCAUAGAAGCCUUGCGGGAAAAUGCUCUGAACAACUUGGACCCAAACAUAGAACUCAACGUGGCCCGCUUAGAGGCCGUGCUCUCCACCAUUUUUUACCAGCUCAACAAACGGAUGCCAACCACUCACCAAAUCCACGUGGAACAAUCCAUUAGCCUCCUGCUGAACUUCCUGCUUGCUGCCUUUGACCCGGAAGGCCAUGGUAAAAUUUCGGUAUUUGCUGUCAAAAUGGCUUUAGCCACAUUGUGUGGAGGGAAGAUCAUGGACAAGUUAAGAUAUAUUUUCUCAAUGAUUUCUGACUCCAGUGGUGUGAUGGUAUAUGGACGAUAUGACCAAUUCCUUCGGGAAGUUCUCAAGCUGCCCACAGCAGUUUUUGAAGGUCCCUCAUUUGGUUAUACAGAACAAUCAGCUAGAUCUUGUUUCUCACAACAGAAAAAAGUCACAUUAAAUGGUUUUUUGGACACGCUGAUGUCAGACCCUCCCCCACAGUGUCUGGUCUGGUUGCCUCUCCUGCAUCGUCUGGCAAAUGUUGAAAAUGUCUUCCACCCAGUUGAGUGUUCUUACUGCCACAGUGAAAGUAUGAUGGGAUUUCGCUACCGAUGCCAACAAUGUCACAAUUACCAGCUCUGUCAGGACUGCUUCUGGAGGGGCCAUGCAGGAGGUUCCCAUAGCAACCAGCACCAAAUGAAAGAGUACACAUCAUGGAAAUCACCUGCUAAGAAGUUAACGAAUGCAUUAAGCAAGUCCCUGAGUUGUGCUUCCAGCCGUGAACCUUUGCACCCCAUGUUUCCGGACCAACCUGAGAAGCCGCUCAACUUGGCUCACAUCGUGCCUCCCAGACCUGUAACCAGCAUGAACGACACACUGUUCUCCCACUCUGUGCCCUCCUCAGGAAGUCCCUUUAUCACCAGGAGGUUAUCUGGGGAAAUAAUUACAUCCAACCCCAUGGCUGAAGAGCAUUUGUUCAUAAAGCUGUAUGUAGACCAGCCUGAUCACCAUGCUGGCUCUCCUCCCAAGGACAGUGAAGUAGAGCAGAACAAAAUGCUGGCUAGGGCUGCUCCAGCUUUUCUGCAGGGCAAAGGGAUACAAUACAGCCUGAAUGUAGCUGACAGGCUAGCUGAUGAACAUGUGCUCAUCGGGCUGUAUGUCAACAUGCUCCGGAACAACCCAUCAUGUAUGCUUGAGAGUUCAAACCGACUUGAUGAAGAACACAGGCUGAUCGCCAGGUACGCGGCAAGACUGGCAGCAGAAUCCUCCUCGUCUCAGCCAACACAGCAGAGAGGCGCUCCUGACAUCUCCUUCACCAUUGAUGCAAAUAAGCAACAAAGACAGCUGAUUGCAGAACUAGAAAAUAAGAACAGAGAAAUCUUACAGGAGAUCCAGAGGCUGCGGCUAGAGCAUGAACAAGCUUCUCAGCCAACACCGGAGAAAGCACAGCAGAACCCCACCCUGCUGGCAGAACUCCGGCUUCUCAGACAGCGCAAGGAUGAGCUAGAACAGAGAAUGUCUGCUCUCCAGGAGAGCCGGAGAGAGCUAAUGGUCCAGUUAGAAGGCCUCAUGAAACUACUAAAGACCCAGGGGGCAGGCUCUCCUCGCUCCUCCCCCAGCCACACCAUCAGCAGACCAAUCCCCAUGCCCAUCCGCUCAGCGUCAGCCUGCUCCACUCCUACGCACACUCCUCAAGACUCUCUCACUGGGGUAGGGGGAGAUGUGCAAGAGGCGUUUGCACAAAGUUCAAGAAGGAAUUUAAGGAAUGAUUUGCUAGUGGCCGCAGAUUCCAUCACUAACACCAUGUCCUCUCUGGUGAAAGAGCUGAACUCCGAGGUGGGGAGUGAAUCAGAGAGUAAUGUGGAUUCAGAGUUUGCACGGACUCAAUUUGAAGAUCUGGUUCCAUCACCAACCUCUGAAAAGGCUUUUCUAGCCCAAAUCCAUGCCCGAAAACCCGGGUACAUUCAUGGUGGAGCUACCACAAGCACCAUGCGCAGUGACAUGGUGACAGAAGACGGAGACGCCUAUGUGCGGCCUGAGGAUGAGAACUAUGAGAACGAUUCUGUCCGGCAGCUGGAGAAUGAGCUGAAGAUGGAGGAGUACCUGAAACAGAAGCUGCAGGACGAGGCCUAUCAGGUCAGCUUGCAAGGUUGAAUGCAAUGUCCUUUUAUCACUCUCCUCUCAAGCAAGCUAUAGUCAGACAGAUGAUGACAUAACAUGAGAGCUGGAGGUGAUGGAGAGCCCUGUAUCCACACAGAGGAGGACAGCAGCCUGGCAGCGGCCUCACCCUCGCUGGAGAGAGGAGCCACCACACCCCGCAGCUCCUGGCGAACCCCCAUCCCUUAAGAUGUGUUCUGAUGCCUGUAGUGCAGCUAACUUUUCAUUCUUGGAUUUGUAGUUCUUAACUGUGUGUUUUAGAAAGGGGGGUGGGAGGGGGGUGCAGAACAAGACUUCUGUUCCAAGCUAAUUUAUCAGCUCCAUCUUCUGUAACAUGGCUCAUCCCUGGUUCAAAACAAACAAACACAGGCUGAGAACCCACACUGCUGUUACACACGGUGGCAGUAUUAACAAGCAUUUCCAACCUUGUACAUGAUCGUGAACCUGUCCAGUUUACAAAGACAAUAUUAACACAGUUUAUAGUUAGACAUUUGAUUUCUGGAUUCUUUAGAAUUGUAGUGAACCAAUUUACUACUCUAUACAAUGUUUUUUUAACAGCAAUUAGAGAGAGGGGGAGAGAGAGAAAGCCACUAGCAAUUAUUCACUCAUCCUGAAAGAGUUGGUUCCUGAGUGUUUAGACUCAGAGCCCAGAAGCCAGGAAGGGAGGGGUCCCUGGCCUGCAGUUGACUGCAAGUCUCUCUGAGCAGGGACUUGAGCCAACCACCAGGAAUAACCCAUUCUUUGGGGCUUCUUUCCAAUGUAGGGUUGGUUCCUUUCAAGAUCCUCUUAACAAGUCAGCCAUAGAACUUAGUGUAAAUAUUUUUUUCCAAAUAGAUAUCAUAUUCAAAAACAAAAAAGAGACAGCAUUCAAAUUAUAUAGACUCUAGUUUUUAAAAUCAGCACAGAUCUUCUUAAAACUGUGAAGUAUGUUUUGAAAUACUCGUUACUAAAGCUGUUUAUAAACCACAGGUGCCAUAAGAUCCCCAAAUGGACUAAAGUAAUCGAUGCUCUUCCAUGGUCUUGUUCCCCUCAUGUUAGCUUUAGGAAGCAUGUCAUUCACCACACUUCUCAUUCACACGUCCCCCUGUCAGGUUAUUUGGAGGCCUUCAGCUUUAAAUAUACAGGCUUAAAGUGCGCUUGCAAACCGUCUGCUCUCCUUUUAUUUCUGAAUGUGGAUUGCCUUAGCUGGCCACCUCGUGUUCUGCAUGCAGCUUUGUGUGGUCAGAUGAAAGGAGACAAGCUCUUCUCCACUGAGUUGGAUUCUUGCACUCAGUGACAAGCAACUGUCAAAGACAAGAGAAUAAAAGACUCUGUGGAUGGUCCUUUAGACAGAACCACUAAAGAACCACUCUUAGGGAUUCUGGGGAAAAUGGAAACGUAAUCAUUUGUUUCAAGGUAUGAUAUGGAGAAAAAAAGAAAAGCUUGCGGUAUAUUUACCUAUUGGAUAUGUUAUAUUUAAAUGUGCAGCUUCUCUGGAAUUCCUUGUGUUUGUUUAAAAGAAUGAACAUCACUGGAGAACAAUGGUUCUCCAAAUAUGGUCCCCACACCUGCACCAUACAGCAUCAUCUCGGGAUGUGUUAGAAAUACAGAUUCUUACACAUUAACCCAGGCCUACUGAAUCAGAAACUCUGGGACUUGGGCCUAGCCAUCUGUGUUUUGUGUUAAUUAGCUCUCCCAAUGAUUCUGAGCCUUGCUAAAAAAAAAAUUGACUGCUCUAGAAUAAGGGUAUACAAUAAAGUCUCUAAAAAGGCUUUAUUUGGAAUAAGUAAGAAAGAAUCUAAGUCAACCUCAGAGCUUUAGCAACUCAAUUUUGCUGAAGGGUGGCAGUUUUUUGAAGGGUGACAGCUGGGAGCAGCUCUCACAUCUUCAAAUACCGUCAGAUGUUCAUGCCUCUGUAUCUGAUUAGAAGCCAUGUCCUGGGCUUACCUUUGGAAUUAAAUCACGUGGAAAUAACAAAGUACUUGAUGGGCAUCAGAAAGGACCCCAUGCCAACCCUGGAUAUACUUAAUCAUACUCCCCUCCAGAGAACCCACCUAACAAAUAAAUGUCCCUGAACACAGGCUAGCACCAAAGUGGCACAACUGCACUGUUCUCUGAUUUCUUUGCACAGGUGGAUUUUAUUGCGGGUUUUAUUUGAUAUGUCUUAAUGUUCAUCUCUCUUCCACUGCCCAUCCUCUGUGAACCCAUGCCUCUGUAGAUGGAUCAGGUGGCCAUUGGUGCCUCACAUUUAAUACUGAAAAACCACUACAUCUCAACUACCUUUAUUGCUGUCAGCUCAAAAUCAGAGCCAGGGAGUUCCUGAAUUCAGAACUCAUACCCCAUAAAUGCCCCUCAGCUACUAACUGGACUGAGCUGAUCUGUGUUGUGUCUUUGUGUUUCUAUAUCCAAAUGUGAGUCUAAGGUUUGAACCGAUCUACUGAAAACCCUCUCCCUGGCCAUAGCAUUCAUUACCAGCCAAUUCUACCACUUGGUCAUUGGUAUGUACCAUUGUACAAAAUGAUUGCCAGGACUCUGAUACAGCCACCAAUGACCAGCUUCUCACUAACCAGCCACCUUUUCUUUCUCUUAGCUCCACGUCAGCACAGAGACCAGACUCAAGCACCCUUGCCCUGUAAUCGAGACAAAAUGGCGUGUGUCGUUUUGGGUUUUUGUGGCUGUAGGUGGAUUGCUUUCCUUGGCUCUUCAAAUGUACUUUUGGGGCUUGUUCUAAGUACAAACCCAGCAGGUUUCAUCUGUCUUGUCCAUUAGAUGCAACUUCAUCUUACAAGGGUACUUUUUUUUUCUUAUUCCACAAUAAACUGCAUAUCUGUCUCCAUCAGAGCUGAUGGCCUUUUAAUGAGCACUGGUCUAACAUAGCCAGCCCUCCCCCACACCACCACAUUCAUGAAGGAGGGUGGAAUCUACCAUAUAGGAUUCAGGAAUCAGUUGUGGUUGGUCAGGACGGAAGUUGGGGUAAGUUUGGUUGGUUAGAGGGAGAUUUCUGGAGAUUAGGAAAAUGGAUUUGUGUAUGAUCUACUAUAAGGCAGGGAAGGUUCAUUUGUAAGUAGUAAUGUGAACUGAAUUGCAUUAAGAGUGUGGCCUUUGUCGUGAUAUAGUAUGUAUUUUCUUAUAUGCAUGAGCCAAAGUGUUGCAACAUAAUUUAGCACUGAUGUCUGCUUUGAUUUUGAUCAUCUUCGUCCACUCUUAUUAGUUCUUGGCUGUUAACUGUAGAUAGAUCUUGGAAACCCAGCAGCCUUGAGUUGCUGUAGUCACCUGAUUCAAUACCACACAAGGAGCCACAAAAAAAUUAAUUAAUUAAAACUCCACUAUGUCCGCCAUAGAAAGGACAUCUUUGCUUUGGAACCAAAAAAGAAGGAAAAAAAUCAGUAGCAUUACAUCUUGUUGGCUAGUUAACUUCAGACAUAUGUAAUUAUGACUACUGUAAUUUGACACCAUUUGAAAUAAGCAAUUCAGAAACACUAAAGAUUUCACAAUAUUCAUUGGUAUUGUAAUAAAACUAUUGUAUGGGCUUUUUGUAUUGUUGUUAAGUAUUGUUUUGUGUGUGUGUAUGCGUGUGUUUGUGUGUGUGUAUGUGUGUGUAUGUGUGUAUGUUGGAACCUCCUGGGGACAUGUUAUAUUUUGAAGUGAUUAAACUAUUUAAUUGUGUGUCUAUAUUUUGGAAUGGAAUUAUUUCUUCAUUAAAAAUGUUUUUUAAAACACUA